ACAUCAAGAAACAGAUCUUCAAACGCUAACCACUCUUUUCAGAAUAGUAAAUCACAAAAAUAAUAAUCAAAAUCGGGGUUUCUCAAUCUCCCCUUUCGUGAAAUCUCGAUUCUUCAUCACGAUUUCACCCUUUCCUUAAUUUCUUGAAAAUUUUAAUCGAUUCUUAAUUUCACUAAACAUCGAUUUAGGGUUUUGAAUCGGAAUAACCGCUGCCGCCGAUCAAGAAUUUCUGAUCGGAGAUAACUUUUUUUUGUUUGUUUUUCGUGAUUAUUCGUUGGAAUUUCAAGAAAUUGUUAGUUUGUUUGUAGUUAGGGUUUGUUUGUUUGUUUGGUUACGAUGAACGAUCAAUCGAAGAUGAUGAUGAAUUUGAGCCAGAUGAACCAGUCUCAGAUGAUGAAGAUGAAUCCGCCUCAGAUAAUUAACCAGUCGCAGUCUCAGUCUCAGACGAUGAAGAUGAAUCCGCCUCAGAUUGUUAAUCAGUCUCAGUCUCAGUUUCAAGGAAUGAAUCAGCAAAUGAUGAACCAGAAUCUGCCUCCGAUGAUGAACCGUGGAGGAUACAAGGUUUGGUCUCAGCAGCUUCCUUUGGAUCCUAACAUGAAAUUUCAGAACCCUAAUUUGAAACCUAAUUUCGCUAAACCGGGGCGAAGUAAUAAUAAUAGUAACAACUGGAAGGGAAAGAAGGUUAGCGGUGACAAGAGGAAAGAUAUUAGGAGAAUGGAAAAACCCAAUCAGACCAACAACAGUGUCGGUUACCAACCACCUACUCUUCAGGAAUUGCAGUCUCAGAAUCGUUUGAAAGCUCGUAAGUUCUAUCCUAAGAAGAAGUUUAAUGCUAGAUUUGCUCCUUUUGCGCCGAGGAAUACCACUUCGUUUAUUAUUCGUGCCAAGAAAUCUGGUGGUAUUGCAUCGCUUGUGUCGCCUUGUCCUGUGACCCCGGCGGUGCUUCCUACACCUAUAUUGUCUCCGUCGAGGGAGAUGUUGGGAGAUAUGGCGAAGGAAGAGUGGGGUGUUGAUGGAUAUGGGUCGAUGAAGGGUUUGAUUAGGCUUCGUGAUGUUCAUGAUGACGAAGAUGAAGAUGGUGGUGAUGGGUCGAGUGAGAGUGAUGUGGAGGAACAUGUGGAGGUCGAGAGGAGGCUGGACCAUGAUUUGAGCCGGUUUGAGAUGAUAUACCCGAAUUAUGGAGGUGGGGAUUAUAAUAAUGUCUUAGAGAAUAGGGUUGAUGAUCAAGAUUCUCAUAUUGCACAGUUGGAGGAAGAGAAUUUGACUUUGAGGGAGCGUCUUUUCCUAAUGGAGAGGGAGUUGGGUGAUCUGCGAAGGAGGAUGCUGUUUCUGGAGAGGCAGAGCCAGAACCAGAUAGUGGAAGAUGUCAAUGAGGAAGUAGUGGAGAAUGUGUCUGAUAAUGAAAGUGAGGGGGGAUCUGAUGUACCUGUAAUGGGAAUUGAGAACAAUGUUGAGAUGGUUGAUUCAAUGCUGGAAAGUGAGAGAAAUGAAAACAUUGAGGUCAAUGCUGCCGUUAAGUUAGAGAAUGAUGGAGUAUCAGAAGCUGAAGGUGUAGAGGAUGUCUUUAUGGGAGAGUCUGUUCCAAGCGAGGUGGUUUCAAAUCAGGACGAGUUCAAAGGUAAUGAAAUGGGAGGUGGCUUUGUGUUUGACGAAGUUAAGGGAGAGAAGGAUGAGCUUAAGGGUGAAUUAGCCACUCAACAAUGUGUACCAAAUGAGUCUUUUGCCAAAGAAAACGAUGGCGUGGAUCAAAAAGAGAGUGGCGAGAAUGAAAUGAUAGAUAGAAGUGAUGAAUUGAAUACUCUAGAAGCAACAAAUGAAAGUGCAAAUUGCUUAGUGAGUGAGAAGAAUGUAUGCAAGAAUCAGAUAGUUGGGACAAGUUCAGGGACUGCCGGAGAUGAUGAUUUAUCUGUUGCUCAGUAGCUGAAGCCGAUCCUCAAGUAGGGUUUUUAGGGGAAGGCUGGUGGGCGAAUGAUACUGGUUUUUAAUGCAUACAUUGUUGGUAUUUGCAGACCCGUAGAUUAGUAGUUUACUUUUAUUGUGUCUAUUUUUGUUCCUAAUUGUAUGGUCUGGUAAAAUGAAAGAUUAGGUGAAAGGGUAUUCUUCAGAGGACAUCUUUUGGUUUGGUUUGAGAGAUGUGACUGUUGAUGAGUUUGGUUCUUUUUGUCUUUCUUUACUUAUUCCUGAGGGGCGAAGUUUGGUUGGGUAGGUCUAUGUAGAAAAUAGUAGGAGAGAUCCUAAGUUUGCAGGUUCCUUUGUGCAGGAAUUAAAAUGUAUGUCAAAAUAUUUUACUCA